CGCUCCUAUCUCCUCCUCCAAGCAGACGUACGGCACCAACCGCAACAGCCAGUCUUACGUGAAAAGCAGUUCCUCUAUAGGCUGACCUUUCUGCUCAUCCGCCAUGUCCUUUGCAUUCAUUGUCAUGACAUUCCUUCUGGGCUCCUCCAUGAUGAUGGCAUUUGUCUUGCAUCCAUCCAGGGAGGAACCUGCAGCUGCUGCUAACUCUCCUGUCUCAGCCCACAGGUGCCAAAGUGAGUCAUGGCAGUCUGUCAGGAAGAGCCUCCUCGGACUUCUGAACUUGCAGACUGAGCCGAGGCUGCCUGAUGGGGCGGUGGACAGCGUCAGAGAGCAAUGGAACCGAACCUUCAGCAUCCUUUCUCACACAGCCAGACACACAGCAGCCCCGGCAGUCCCGAGCUACUCUGCAUCAGCUGAUAAUGGAAACAGUGCAAACCUGAAGUGUUGUUCCGUGGCCUCAGAGAUCUUCAUGAAGGAUCUGGGCUGGGACAGCUGGGUGAUCCAUCCUUUGAGUCUUACCUUUGUUCAGUGUGCACCCUGUAACUCUCCCACAGACACUGUACAGUGUCCAUCCUACCAGUUCAGUGCUCGGGGUGCCAACACACAGGACCAGGUGCCAUGUUGUGAGCCAACCUCUCAGGAAGUGGUGCCCAUUGUGUACAUGGAUGAAACCGGCACUGCUGUCAUUUCCUCCAUGCAGCUGACCCUCAGCUGUGGCUGUGGAACGGCCCACUCCCAAGAGCCCGGCAAGGAGUAGGCUGCAGUUUGCUUUGAGUGUCUGGCUAAUACACACACACACACACACACACACACACACACACACACACACACACACCUAAAGGAUCAAAAAACACAGCUCCUCACAGAAACACUGCUUUUGUAGGCUGUCACUCUCUUUUAAAAUACAGUGUGUAUUCAGCAGUGGCUGCAGGAAUCCAAAAAAGUCUCAGCUUUGCUUUUCUGCAGCUCCUCUGAGCCAAAGCAGACUUCUUAUUUUAUUUUAUUUUUUGAGACAGCCAAUCAUAAAGCUGGCCCGUUGUGAUCAAAUGAUAAAACUGAUUUGACAUUAAUUACACAAUAUUGCAUUGUAAUGCCACACAAUAUCUUGGUCUGUUUAACUCACCAGUUAUGACAAAGAAUGCAUUUCUGCAGUUCUCGGGCACCAAAGUGGAGUCCAGCUGACACAUGCAUGAUUAAUGCUCACAGUUUAGCUUUACAUAAAUCUCAUGUGGGCAGGCUUCUAUUAAUAGCUGUAACUGAGUGUUCCCUCCAGAAAUGUGAGACUGGAGCCAGAUGCACUCUGACAGCAGGAUCUGGAUCUGCUCUGAUGUGUAAAAUGACCCGUCCUCAUCUCCGUCUGUGGAAAAGAAUUCAGAUUUAAUCUUCACAGAUAAACAGAGGUUGUAUUGCACAAAGAGAUCAUUUUAUGCUCACCAGAUAAAUUUUCUUAAAUUCUCCUGAGUAUGGAGAUCUGUGCUGUGAUAUAAAAUUACCUUCCAUUGGUUAUAUGCUAUAUUUUCAUGUUUCAGCUGAAAGCAGAAGACAAACAGAACAAUGCUGCACUGUAACCCCAGAACAGAGACUUUAACAUUAGAUAAUUAAACAGUUUACUGGUUAUAUGGCUGACAUGCUUUACCACAGGAGGACACAUCUGUACACAUCUGAUUUUUUUUUUUGAUAUAUUUAAAUUCAGCCAAUUAAAAAACUCCAGAUUUUUAGUUCUGAGCUUUUAUUUAUUUAUUUUUUUAUGUGAAGAUUUGAAAAACAAUAUCUUGAUAUGAUAUCAUCCGUGUUUUUUUCCACAUUUACACUGAAGAACUUGCGUGUUUUUAAUUCUUAUGCUUUGUUGAUUAUUUCCACAGGCUGGUGACAGUUCUCAGUUGUGAUUUCUUUUAUAUACUCAAAGUUACUUCACAUGUUUCAAGUAAUGUUUUGCCAUCCUGAUCAUUUAUACCAUUCAAUAAAUUCUUGCUUAUUAUAAUAAUAAAUGAUUGAAAUCAACAGAUUUUUUUUUCCUGUCAGCUGGUAUUAAAUAAAUAAAAUGUAUUUAUAUUGCAAAAAUCGCAAAAUGCUUCCCAAUA